GGCGGCGGCGGCAGCAGUGGCAGCGGCGGCUGCCGGGCCGGGCGCGGCGGGGGUGGCGCGCGUGUCCAGCGGCCGCGACCUGAGCUGCGUGCCGGAGGUGGCAGGGACCCUGGGCGCCGUGGCCCGGCAGGGGUUUGACUUCCUUUGUAUGCCUGUCUUCCACCCGCGCUACAAACGGGAGUUCACGAGAGAGCCGGCGCGGAGCCGCCCAGGUCCCCAGACCCGUUCCGACCUGCUGCUCUCCGGGAGAGCUCUGCAUCCCCCAGACUGGAACACACUGAUCGUGGGGAAGCUCUCGCCCUGGAUCCGCCCUGACUCUGCGGUGGAGACCAUCCGCCGCAACUCAGAGGCGGCAAUGCUGCAGGAACUUACGUUCGGGGCCUACCUGGGCCUUCCCGCCUUCCUGGUGCCACUGACGCAGGCUGAGAACCCGAACCUGGCACGGGUGCUGAGCACCCACCUGCACACCGGGCACCACAGCGCCAUGGUAUGGAUGCGGGUGCCCCUAUUGGCCCCCGAAGACCUGCGGGACGACCUCAUCACUAACGAGCCACUGGAUGAGCAGCCCAAUGAGGCUGGUGAGGAGAAAACCUGGACCUGGUGGCACAACUUCCGCACCCUGUGUGACUACAACAAGCGCAUUGGUGUGGCGCUGGAGGUGGGGGCCGACCUGCCUUCCGGUCACGUCAUCGACCGCUGGCUGGGGGAGCCAGUCAAGGCCGCCAUCUUGCCGACUUCCAUCUUCCUCACCAACAAGAAGGGCUUCCCCGUGCUCUCCAAGGGGCACCAGCGCCUCAUCUUCCGCCUCCUCAAGCUGGAGGUGCAGUUCAUCGUGUGGGGCGCCCACCACCAUCCGGAGAAGGAGUUUUGCUCCUACCUGCAGUACUUGGAGUACCUGAGCCAGAACCGGCCCCCGCCCUCCGCCUACGAGCUCUUUGCCAAGGGCUACGAGGACUACCUCCAGUCUCCCCUCCAGCCCCUGAUGGACAACCUGGAGUCACAGACUUAUGAGGUCUUUGAGAAGGACCCUAUCAAAUACUCACAGUACCAGCAGGCUAUCUACAGAUGCUUGCUGGACCGGGUACCCGAGGAAGAGAAGGACACUAAUGUGCAGGUGGUGAUGGUUCUGGGAGCAGGGCGGGGGCCCCUGGUGCAUGCCACGCUCCGGGCCUCGCGCCAGGCUGCUCGCCGGGUCCGUGUCUACGCUGUUGAGAAGAAUCCCAAUGCCAUCGUCACGCUGGAGAGCUGGCAAUAUGAGGAGUGGGGCUCGCAGGUGACAGUGGUGUCGCGGGACAUGCGGGAGUGGGCGGCGCCCGAGCAGGCCGACGUGGUGGUCUCGGAGCUGCUGGGCUCCUUCGCUGACAACGAGCUGUCGCCGGAGUGCCUGGACGGGGCCCAGCACUGCCUCAAGGAGGGUGGUGUGAGCAUCCCUUGUGACUACACGUCCUUCCUGGCACCCAUCAGCUCCUCCAAGCUCUACAACGAGGUGCGGGCCUGCCGCGAGAAGGACCGUGACCCUGAGGCACAGUUUGAGAUGCCCUAUGUCGUGCGGCUCCACAACUUCCACCAGCUGGCACCGCCCCAGCCCUGCUUCUCCUUCCACCACCCUAACUCAGAUACAGAGCGGGACAACAGCAGGUACCGGAUGCUGGAGUUCAGUGUGGAGGUGAACACGGUGCUACAUGGCUUUGCCGGCUACUUCGAGACCACCCUCUAUGGCGACAUCAUGCUCAGCAUCCGCCCUGAGACGCAUUCCCCAGGCAUGUUCUCCUGGUUCCCCAUCUUCUUCCCCAUCAAGCAGCCGCUGGCCGUGCAGGCGGGCGAGCGGGUGCGCGUGUCCUUCUGGCGCUGCACCAACGCCAAGAAGGUGUGGUAUGAGUGGGCCGUGACGGCGCCUGCCUGUUCGGCCCUGCACAACCCGACUGGGCGCUCCUACACCAUCGGCCUCUGAGCCUUCUCGGGGGCCAGGGGCCUCCUCCCCCGCUGCCCCGUCCCACGCUUCCCUGUUCCCCAGUUUGUGGAUUUGAAUAAAAUGGAGUUUAGCAGCU